AUGUGCUCUUUCGUGAGAGUGGGGUCCCCCAAAGGGUUGGGGCCCUCCAAGGGAUUGGGAUCUUCCCUCGAGCCAGGUACAGCUUACCCCUUAGAGAUGAGUGCCCUUGGAGGAAUGAGGGUAUCUGAGAGGAAAUCUCCCCUGAGCAUGGACGUGGCACUCACCCAGGAAGGAAAAGAUGACUUAGGAGAGAGAAGGGUCUUCAUGGGAACAACAUCUCCCACGGAGUUGGGGCUCAGAGUGGGAUUAGGAAAAGAAGAUUCUCCAUGCAGACAUAAAUAUGAGGAGAGGAUGGCUUCACCGGAAACAAAAUGUCCAUCGAGCAAUGGGCUUGAUAUAAGAUUAAAAAGACAGAAUAUUUCUAGGACUUUCAUGGACGGGAGUAAUUUAGGAGUCAACAGGGUCUCAGCCUCACAGGAAAAAAAAUUGCCUCUGAGAAUGUUGCCAGGAAGAGAGGGUUUAGAAAAUGAGCGUUUUCUGGCAGGGUGUUGUCCUCGAAGGGUAACACGGUCUCCACUGGGCCUGGUGUGUGAAAGUCCACAGGCUCUAGGGAGCAGGAGAUGUCCUGUGGCUGGUGACCCUGAAGAGUUAGGGGCUUCAGUGGGGAAGCAACCUACUUUGGGUAUGGAACCUAGACAGGAACUGGAAAAAGAGUCCACCUGUGUGGUGAUGAAGCCCAGCACGGAGAUACAGCCUCCUGUGGAGUUGGACCUGGGGCUCCCCCAACCAGAGGAUCCAGAUGAAACGAAGCCUACAGAGCCCCAAAUGGGCUUGGUGAUAGGACCUUCUGAGUGCCAGUUGGCUCAACAACCUGAAGUGCAAAAGGAGACUGAGAACAUUGAACCAGGACUAGAACCUCCAGAUCGCAUCAGACCCAUAUACUCUGGGAAAUUUUUUGAUCGGUUACCUUGCUUGCCAAGUGCAGGGAAAGUUCUUCCGAUUGGAUACAGAGCUGCAAACUGCUUGACUGAAAAACUUCCCAGGCUAAUGACCCCACCUGAGGCAAAAAAAUUUUUCAACUUCAGAUAUCCACCUGCUGGAGCCGAAAGAGUAUUUUACGGCAGAGCAAAUGAUCCCCAAAUUGCACCUUCUUUGACACAUGGAAUAAGAUCUAAAAUUUCAACACCGGCAAAGGUACUGAUCAACCCACAGCCUAUUACAACCUUUCAACAGAAAAUGAAAGAUAAGAAGGAAUCAGUAUAUUUUAGCAAUCAACGGGCACCGUUAGGAAAAUCUCAUGAUCAGACGCCAGGAUUACCUAAAGGCUUGGAUAUACUCAGUAUGACAUUUGGGACGGCAGUCAUCAGAGAAUUAUCUGCUAGAGAGGUGGUGAAUCCACCAAAAUCCUAUCAAGAAGUAUUUGAAGAAGGACAGGCAGGACACGAUCUGUAUAUUGUAUCUCACGAUGAUUAUUAUGCAGGAGAAGCAAAGCACCGAAAGUAUAACCCAUCAAGUUUUCAUAGAUUUAACUUGUAUGGGAUCCCAACACCACAUUUUAAUGAUGGACGAAACAUGGCAAAAACUUUACGUUGGCUUCACGAACUACAAAUGAAAAGAGGAGCUAAGGUUGUAUCCAAGAGAGUUGAUGAUUUCAAAGAAAAAUUUCAACAUAAACUUGGAAGAAUUUUAGAUCCCAUUGCAGAAACAAUGAAUGUUCCCCCAGACCACACAUUUGGGGCUUGUCUCCGUCCUGAGGAGUAUGCUCUCGCUGAGGUUGAAAGCCACAGCAGACCAGUGGAGACCAUUGGGUUUCAGAAGGGAGAUGGGGCCAUAGAUAAAGCUGAGCUUCGGGAAGCAUGUGACCAGGCCAGUGUGCACAUAGAUGAGAAGCUCCUGGACCAGCUAUUUGAAUACUGUGAUGUGGAUAACGACGGGCUGAUUAACUACCUUGAAUUUGCAAAUUUUCUUAACUGGAAAGAUAAAACCCCUCUUAAAGAGUAUGAAAAGAGGGUCAUUAUUAAAGGUGGAAAACCAGAUUGUGCAAACCCUGCUGAGGCUAAUGUAGAAGAAUCUGAACCAGCUCUCCUGAUAAAGCCUGAAGAUAUUGUCUUGAAAGAGCCAGGGAGCUCAGAAAAGACUCUGCGGACACUUCUGAGGCCAAGCGAUAAAGUUUCUAAUCACUACAAGACAACUUCUUCGGAGAUCAGUGCAGUUGUAGGCGCUGUUCCUUCUACUUGUUAUCCCAUCUGCGGUGUUCCAACCAUUCGGUCUGAUAUUCCCGCCCCCCAAAUUCGCCGCAUCAGUGACAGAACCAAUUAUGGUGAAGACGGAAAUGCCUAUUCAUUGCUGCAUCCUACCAUCUUUGGCCAGAAAGGAUUGUUUGAAAGAGACUUCUUCAAGACCAGAUCCAAAAAAGAGAUUGCAGAGAUAUUAUGUAACAUUGGUGUCAAGCUUUCAGAGGAUGAAUUUGAAAAUGUAUGGAAUCUUGCAUCAGAAAAACAUCACCGGGGAGAAGUUUGUGUUGAGAAUAUCAGAAAUGUUCUGAAUGAGUUACAACACGCAGACUGGACCAAGUGCAAAACAGCCGUGUGAUCUUUGUGGAGUUCAUUCAUUUACACCAAAGAAUUGUUAAAUCCGUGUUCAUCUAAAAUGUUCAGUCCAUUCUGGUUUUAGAUAUUAUAAUUCAGCAAUCACUGUCAUAGGGCUUAUAUGCCUGGA